AUGAAGCAGAAGAGUGACGCAUGUGGAAGGGAAUGCCGGGAAAUCGCUGUUUGUGCGAAUGAGAGUAGCCUUGUCCAACCGCUACACGAGCACGUUCUCUGUUUACAAUAAAUUAAUUUACAAAGUCAGACAUGUCGGGAAGCGCAGGGGAAUGGUGUCUUAUGGAAAGUGACCCGGGAGUUUUCACAGAGCUGAUAAAAGGCUUCGGGUGCAAAGGUGCACAAGUGGAAGAGAUAUGGAGUAUGGAGCCAGGUGACUUAGAAAAUCUCAAGCCAGUUCACGGUCUGAUUUUCCUCUUCAAGUGGCAACCCGGUGAGGAGCCAGCAGGGUCUAUAGUUCAAGACUCAAGGCUGGAGCAGAUCUUCUUUGCCAAGCAGGUCAUCAAUAAUGCCUGUGCGACCCAGGCCAUCAUCAGUGUUUUGUUAAACUGCACACAUCCGGAUAUGCUUUUGGGGGAAACACUGACAGAAUUUAAAGAGUUCUCAAACAGUUUUGAUGCCGCAAUGAAGGGUCUUGCUCUCAGUAACUCUGAAGUGAUUCGACAAGUCCACAACAGCUUUGCCAGACAGCAGAUGUUUGAGUUCGAUUCCAAAUCAUCUGCUAAAGAAGAAGACGCGUUUCACUUUGUUAGCUAUGUUCCUGUUAACGGUAGACUGUAUGAGCUGGAUGGACUUCGUGAAGGACCCAUAGAUUUGGGUGUGUGUAACCAGGAUAACUGGAUCGGAGCUGUACGACCCGUUAUUGAGAAAAGAAUACAGAAAUACAGUGAAGGAGAGAUUCGUUUCAACCUGAUGGCCAUCGUAUCAGACCGAAAGAUGAUUUAUGAAAGAAAGAUUGAUGAACUACAGGCUCAGCUAACAGAGGAAGAGCCGAUGGACACAGACCAGAGUGGAAAUCAUCUUAGCUCUAUCCAGUCAGAGAUUGCCAAGUUUCAGCUCCUGAUUGAGGAAGAGACUCAAAAACUUAAGCGAUAUAAAGUUGAAAACAUUAGAAGGAAGCACAACUAUCUACCCUUUAUUAUGGAGUUACUGAAGACGUUGGCUGAAUAUCAACAGCUGAUACCAUUGGUUGAAAAGGCAAAGGAAAAGCAAAGUGCCAAAAAACUACAAGAAGCAAAGUAAAGCCACAUUGUCAGACGCUAUUUUAUUUUAUGCCACGGAAUAACCUGACGCGCCGUUGUCACCCGUAUCCCGUAAAAGGAGCACCUGAAAGUGUAGUCGAAUGUGGUGUUUGCUGUCAUUUCCUUCAUGUUUGUGCAUGCAUGCGAAGAGAUGUUUAAAUAAUGUCUUAUUUUCAUAUAAAUUUCAUUUGUUCAGUACUGACGUGGUUUCAUGUUUUUUUAGUAAGCAGGACAAAUAUUUAAUACCAAAACUGAAAAUCAUUUACUCAUGCUUAAAGUGACAGUUCAUCCAAAAAUGAAAAUUCUGACAUCAUUGACUCACCCUCUUGUCAUUUCAAACCUUUGUGACUUUCUUUCUUCCGCAAAACACACAAGAAGAUUUUUUGAAGAAAGCUGGUUACGGAACAGCACUGGACUCCAUUCACUUGAACGCAAAACCAAUGCAAGUGAAUGGGGUCCUGUUAACAACAUCUUCUUUUGUGUUCUGCGGAAGGAAGAAAGCCAUACAGGUUUGAAAUGACAAGAGGGUGAGUCAAUGAUGGGUGAAUCACUUUAAGUCAUUUAAAAAAAUGAGUCGGAAUAAUCAGACGAUACUUCAUAUGAACACUCCAAAAAGAGAUGGAGAGGGUGGAUGUCAAAUCAUUGGUUAAGCAGAAACUUAUAUUUAGAACGGAAUAAGGGUAAAUAAAUAAUGAAGUUGUAAUUUUCGGAUUAACUGUUCCAACAAUCAUUUUAAUAAUGCGCUUAUUAUAAGUAAUGUUGUCUUUUAGUUCUGUCUAUAUUCAUGCAUUUGAUAGUUGAUUUAAUCCAAAGGGACUUGCAGUGCCUUUAAGUAUGUGUGUUCCCUGGGAAUCGAACCCAUGACCUUUGUGUUGCCAGCUCAAUGCUCUACCAGUUAAAAUACAGGAACUUAUUAGGCCAAGACCAAACCACUUCUUGUUUUCCUAAAAUUUGGCUGCUUUACAUAGCAGUUUCAUGUCUGUUAUGUUUGUCUGGGAUGUUUAAAUGUAGGACAUGACGCAGACUUGCAGACAGACUGCGGUCACACGUGUUUUUGCCGUGCGGUUCCUCGAGUUAUCAAAAACGAUGAGCUAGAUUGAAAAUGGCUGAAUAUAUUAUGUAAGGGAUAAUGUACAGGCAGCCAGUUGUUAUGGCAGAAUUAAGGGGCUUAUUUUGCGAUAACAGCUGGCUGCUUGUACAUUAUCCCGCUUAUUACACGGCUACUUGCCACAUGAGAAAAAAACUGGACAUUAAAUGUGAAUUUGAAAUAUUUUAUUAGCUCAUUUUUACCGAAUGCAGACGUUCCCGCGAGGAAAAACUGUUUACUUUUGGUUUCCUUUGUAAAUAUAAUGUCAUAUAUGUUAUUAAAAGAUUUAAUUUUGACAAAUUUUUUUUUUUUUUUAAACUGCCAAAAUGAUUUUCUGCAUCCGGGUUAUCGUGUGUUAUUAGUUUUGAGCAGUUGUUAUCUGGGAAUAACGAACUGGCAAAUGUCGCGGCUGGCCAAUCAGAAUCGAGCAUUCCAACGAGCCGUGUAAUAAGCGAGAUAUAAAUGCAAUGUUAUGUGGGAAAAAUACAACUCCAUGCUUGAUUUAAGCUGAAAUCUAUGAAUGAUGGACUAUUUUUAAAAGUAUUUUAACGGUUUGUUUUAUGUCAAUUCGCAGUUUCGCCUAUUGCUGCAACAAGUAAAAAUGUAUUGCAUAAAUGUAAAAUUUUAUUAAUGAAUGGGUGUUUAUUUUUGCCAGUACACGCGCACAUAUUUUUUUUACCUCCUAGAAACCAGGUGCAGUAAUAAAUUGUGGUAAAAAAAAUGUAUUGUUUAUAUCGUGUGUAAAGUGUAUUGCACAUUAUUUUAUUGCACAGUCGCAUGAGAUAAGAGAGCAAUAUAUCGCUACAUUAACUAGGCUAUAUAAGAAAUGUUAUUGAAAUAUGUAAUUAAACGGUUAUUAGCAAAGCAUCAAAUAUGGUGUUGUUUGCAAAGGCAUAAACGUAACGCUUAAGCGAAUUGGUCUUCAAUCAUUGGUGUGUUCUUUCUAAUGUGACCUUUCCCACACAAGCCAUCCUUCCCGUACGUUAUGUUAUGGAAAGGUCCGUUAGAGAGGUGAACGGCUGUUUUUAAUAAAGCAGACACUUAAAUCAAGCAGACAUUUGGCAGAGGCUUUCUAUUUUUACUCUGUACGUGCAGUGUCAUGACAGUUGUUAGUACAAUGACGUGUAACGUCUCUAUUUUUACCGAACUGUUUAUUUACGUUCUUUAAGACUCUCCAGACCAGUGAUCUAAAGAAAGACACUAAAGCGCGAGACUAGCCAUGAUACUGUAUGACGCCACCUGCAUCUAGUACAUGCUGGACUUUUGCUUUAAAAAAGCUGUCGUCAUCGUUUGUUUUGUGACGUACGUAUUAUCGUAGGUUUAAAGUGUGACUUACUGUCCUAACAAUGUGAAAAAUCUUACUCUAGCCCAAAAACGUGUUUUGUUAACAAUGGUAGGAAUGAUGCAUGCUUGGGCCAUUCUGUUCCAAAUAGUUGCGUUAUCAGCAGUUGAGAAAUAAUUGCAAUGGUCUGUAAAAACAUUUUUUUUCCAUUUAUGUGCAAUUGUGUCCAUAAACUGUACAAUGGCUUUAGACACUUAAUGCACAAAUAAUAUAGGCUGUAUCAAUUUUAUUGCA